AUGCUCGUGCACCCUAACACGGGAUAUGAAUAUGAAGAUCACAGCAUAUGGGCUAUGUGGGCUGGAGAACGAUGGCCUUUGGACAUGUCCAUUUUCGAGAAAGAGACGCAAACUAAUGAAUUCGGACACUAUCCUGGUGACCCAGAUAAUCCAGUAUGCCUUCUCAAGGGCGGCGUAUGCGGCGAUAAUCAGCUUAGUCCUUCGGCUCUGUGUUGCUAUGAGCUAGCAUGCAACGCUGCUGAGACGAUUGCGAAUGGUGCCUUAAACUACACAAUUCAUCGAUGUGGUUGA